CAGUCCCGCCCCGCCCGCGCUGCGGGCGACUAGUGACGUCACCGGCCCCGAAGCGCCCUCCGGCGGCGGCGCGCUCCACCCCAGCAGGCGGUUCGUGAACAGCCCGAGGGGGCGGCGGGCCGCGGGAGCCCUCAGAGCCGCUUUCCCUGGCGCCCGCUCCGGGGCCGCGGCGGAUGGGCGGCCGCGGGCCGCGGGGCGACAGGCGGGGAACGGGUGCGAGCCGGGACCGGGAGGGGCGGCCGCGCCAAGGGGCCGCGGGGCGGCCGGGCGGGGCGCGGGCCGGCGGUUUGGGAGGGCGCCCCGCGUCCGAGAGGCGAGCCGGGCCCUGACGCCGCGCGGGUUCCGCGUCGCCCCUGCCGCGCCAUGGCGGAGACCAAAAUCAUCUACCACAUGGACGAGGAGGAGACGCCGUACCUGGUCAAGCUGCCCGUAGCUCCCGAGCGCGUCACGCUGGCCGACUUCAAGAACGUGCUCAGCAACCGGCCGGUGCACGCCUACAAAUUCUUCUUCAAGUCCAUGGACCAGGACUUCGGGGUGGUGAAGGAGGAGAUCUUCGAUGACAAUGCCAAGUUGCCCUGCUUCAAUGGCCGGGUGGUUUCCUGGCUGGUCCUGGCUGAGGGCGCUCACUCGGAUGCAGGGUCCCAGGGCACUGACAGCCACACGGACCUGCCCCCACCCCUUGAGAGGACAGGCGGCAUUGGGGACUCCAGGCCCCCCUCCUUCCAUCCAAAUGUUGCCAGUAGCCGGGACGGAAUGGACAAUGAGACAGGCACAGAGUCUAUGGUCAGUCACCGGCGGGAGCGAGCCCGACGUCGAAACCGCGAUGAGGCUGCCCGGACCAAUGGGCACCCGAGAGGGGAUCGGCGGCGGGACCUGGGACUACCUCCAGACAGUGCAUCCACUGUACUGAGCAGUGAGCUUGAAUCUAGCAGCUUUAUUGACUCAGAUGAGGAGGACAAUACGAGCCGGCUGAGCAGCUCCACAGAGCAGAGCACCUCCUCUCGGCUAGUUCGGAAGCACAAAUGCCGUCGUCGGAAGCAGCGCUUGAGGCAGACAGACCGGGCAUCCUCCUUCAGCAGCAUCACAGACUCCACCAUGUCCCUGAACAUCAUCACCGUCACUCUCAACAUGGAGAGGCACCACUUCCUGGGCAUCAGCAUCGUGGGCCAGAGCAACGACCGGGGUGAUGGCGGCAUCUACAUUGGAUCCAUCAUGAAGGGCGGGGCCGUGGCUGCUGAUGGCCGCAUUGAGCCGGGCGACAUGUUGCUGCAGGUGAACGAUGUCAACUUUGAGAACAUGAGCAAUGACGACGCUGUACGGGUGCUUCGGGAGAUCGUGUCCCAGACAGGGCCCAUCAGUCUCACAGUGGCCAAGUGCUGGGACCCAACCCCUCGGAGCUACUUCACCAUCCCAAGGGCUGACCCAGUGCGACCCAUCGACCCGGCUGCCUGGCUGUCCCACACAGCAGCACUGACGGGUGCCCUGCCCCGCUAUGGUACGAGUCCCUGCUCCAGCGCCAUCACACGCACCAGCUCUUCCUCACUAACCAGCUCAGUGCCUGGCGCCCCACGUUCACGCUGUGAGCCUGGGCUCAGGGAAGUGUGCUCUGCAGAGCUUGAGGAGGCACCGCUGACUGUGAAGAGUGACAUGAGUGCCAUUGUCCGCGUCAUGCAGUUGCCAGACUCAGGACUGGAGAUCCGGGACCGCAUGUGGCUUAAGAUCACCAUUGCCAAUGCUGUCAUUGGGGCGGAUGUGGUGGACUGGCUGUACACACACGUGGAGGGCUUCAAGGAGCGAAGGGAGGCAAGAAAGUAUGCCAGCAGUAUGCUGAAGCACGGUUUCCUGAGGCACACCGUGAACAAGAUCACCUUUUCUGAGCAGUGCUACUAUGUCUUUGGCGACCUGUGCAGUAACCUCGCAUCCCUGAACCUCAACAGUGGCUCCAGUGGAGCCUCAGAUCAGGACACACUGGCCCCACUGCCCCACCCAUCAGUACCCUGGCCCUUGGGUCAAGGCUACCCCUACCAGUACCCAGGACCCCCGCCCUGCUUCCCGCCUGCUUACCAGGACCCUGGCUUCAGCUGCGGCAGCGGCAGUGCUGGGAGCCAGCAGAGUGAAGCCUUAGACUGAAGGACUAGCAGAGUGGACUCUCGGGCCGGGAGCAAGAGCAGUGGGUCCACACGGAGCAGCCAUCGGACCCCAGGCCGAGAGGAGCGCCGGGCAACUGGAGCUGGGGGUAGUGGCAGUGAAUCAGACCACACAGUACCAAGUGGGUCUGGUAGCACCGGCUGGUGGGAGCGGCCUGUCAGCCAGCUUAGCCGUGGCAGUAGCCCUCGAAGUCAGGCUUCAGCUGUUGCCCCAGGGCUCCCCCCACUGCACCCCCUUACAAAGGCCUAUGCAGUAGUGGGUGGGCCACCUGGAGGGCCACCCGUCCGGGAGCUGGCUGCUGUCCCUCCAGAACUUACAGGUAGCCGCCAGUCCUUCCAAAAGGCCAUGGGAAACCCCUGUGAGUUCUUUGUGGACAUCAUGUGAUGAUCAACCAAUGUCUUCAGCGCUGCCUGUGGCUGAGUCUGUGCUCCUGCUGUGCCAGGAGCUCUGCGCUGGCCGUGGUGGUGGCCAGCCAGGAUAGAUCAGCUGUGGGCUCUGGGCCAGGGCAGAGGGAGCAGGCUACAGAGGAGGGCCUGAGGGCAGCCAUACCACCAGGAUAUUGGCUUGACAUUUUGUCUGCUCUUGGGGCUGCUGAUGGUGGUACAGCUCAAGUAUCUAUAGAGUCUUGUAAGGAGACAUCUCUGACUUUAAGUCCUCAGCACAAGUCUCAGGGACCACCUCCUGGUUCCCUUCUUUGGAAGUGACCUCCAUUUAGAACAAGAAAGGCUCUCUUGGGCUCUUGGUACCCCUUGCCCCAAAGCCUCACAGAACUGUGCACAGGGACACAGGCUGACUGUCGCUAAGUUCAUGGGCCUCACCUGUCAGGCCAAGGUGGGAUUUUUGAGGGGUUAGACAGAGCCUUCAAACCUCUCUGGCUGCCCAGGUGGGGUCUAACUUAUUUAUUUAUUGCUAGCCUGCCUGCUCUAAGGGUGGCAGCUAGUUACCCAAAGGGGCAGUUUGCAUGCCCCUUUCCCCACCUGCUACUUGGCACAUGACAACACAGUUUGUACUGAAGGUAUGUGAAGGGUAGCUAGUAGGAGAGACAGGAGAGAGACCUGGCACCUAGCCACUGUCUCAGUCUCAGUGGUGGGUGACAGUGAACACAAGAGCUGCAGAGCUGGGCCCUGUUCUGUUUCUGUUCUGGUGGCUGCCCAUCAUCAUGUGCCACUGCCAUCCCGGCACAGCGGCCCCACACAUCUACACUAGACACUGUGUCAAAGUCUGAGUGACUGGGUAGUUGACAUAGAGCUGCUUCUGUGUAAAUGCUGCUUCUGUGUAAAUGCUAUUUUAAACACUAAAAAAAGCGUUUAAUUUUAUGGGA